CCAUGGGACCAUCGACUGAACAACUCACCUCGAAAUGAUGAUAUUUAGGCGACAUUCAUACUAUGUAUUUGUGGUCGCUUGCUGUGUGCUGUGGGUUGGGUUGGGUUGCAGCCGCAGGAUUUAGGAAUUCAGUUUGCUAUAUGUAUAUAAAUCGUUUCAGUUUCUCAGGCGUUGCUUUUUUUCAGGUUAUGUUUGGCAGCACACCCAAUAAACGGAGCUUCCUCCGCUGGCUACACUUUAAGCUAUAAAUAAAAAAAAAACCUCCUGAUUCGAGCCUGUUCUACGUCCGCACUGGUGAAAAUUUCUCUGCUCUCUGAAAGCUAAAUUAUUACUUCCUGUAGUUGCUCUCUUCCGUUCAGCGUUGUCCUGCGCCGCCUAUCGCCCAGCUGUUGGCAGGGUUGCAUUCGAUUUAAUACUAAAACAAAAGACGAAUGUUGUGACUUGUGGCACAUUCGCUUCCACAUUCCACUUGUAAAACUUAACUCUCUCUGGGACUAACUAACACAUGGGACGUCCGCGCACCAUAGACUUAACCAACUUGGUGGUAAUAUACCCCGAUAGGAGCUACUGCCGCUGCGUGAUUUGCGAUAGGACACUCGCUGGCUACAAGCUGAGCAACAUCAAGCGUCAUUACCAGCGGCUGCAUCCGGAAGUCGUUUUGCCACAGCCCCAAGACACCACAGGGCCCAUCGCAAAAACGAAUAAUUCAGUUACAGCGAUAACAGGGAUGGGACGAACACCGCUGAUGGACGCGCGAGCGCUGGCCAACGUUCAGCCGGACGAAAGGCGCUGCCGUUGCCGGAUCUGCGACAAGACACUCAUCUUCUCGUCCGGUAAUGUGCCGCGUCACUGCAAGAACUCUCACCCCCAGAACCUACCGGAUCGGUCGCUGCGCAAUCGUCCAGUCGAGAAUAGAGAUCCUACCAUGGAAACGGACGACGAGGAUGAGAUCGCCUCCAGUAGCAGGCUCUCCAAUGAACAGAUCGAGAGCAUCUUUAUUGGCAAGUCAGAGGUAUCAGAUGUAGUGGAUGUGGAUGUGUCAGACGACGACCAACUGAUCGAUGCCGAUGAGAUGCGCUUCGCACAGUCACUUAACCAGUCGCAGCCGCCCAUUGCAGCGCCCUUGACGACGAACAGCUCACCUUCUGCUACAGUGACUUCCACUGUAGCUCUCGCACCAACCACAAGCCGGUCUGGAGACGACGCCUUCUUUCUUCAAUAUGUGGGCAAUAAGUUUGGGAAUUAUUCCACUCGCACCAAGAACACGGUUCAGUUCCAAAUCAAUCGCAUCUUGUACAGGGCCGAUAUGGGCUGCUUCGAGAAAGGCGAAUCGAAAAAUUUAAAUGUAUCAGAAAUAGACUAGAAAUAAGCCGAAUACAUAUCCUGUUGUUACAUUUGAUUCUACCCAUAUCAUUGUAGCAUUUAUAUAUCUUAUAUAUAUACAUAAGUAAAUGUGUCUUAAAAAUUGUGGAUAACACAAAUGUUCGCUUCGCU